UUAGAUUUUACUGACACUUUGAUUUAGUCAAUUUGAUAUUCGAACUUUAAUUAUGAAAAUGUUCCAGAAAUAACCUUUAUUUUGAAAAACUUCGCUGCGGCUGCUUAGUAGUGCGUUCACAUCUUAACAGCAGCGGCUCGAUGCUGGCGAUUCCUGGUUUGAGUCGUUAUCGGGCUUCGAAGAGAUAAACCACAAUUUGAAUACGAGAGGUUGGCAUAUCCCAUCAACAUCCCUUCACUAAAGCAUGGCUGAGCCUGAGCUCCUCCUGGACUCCAAUAUUCGUCUUUGGGUUGUGCUGCCUAUCGUGUUUAUUACUUUUCUGGUUGGAGUGAUCCGCCAUUAUGUUUCAAUUCUGUUACAAAGUGACAAGAAGCUCACGUUAGAGCAAGUUUCAGACAGCCAGGUUCUUAUCAGGAGCAGAGUUUUACGGGAAAAUGGAAAAUACAUCCCCAAACAAUCUUUCUUGAUGAGAAAAUUCUACUUUAAUAAUCAAGAAGAUGGCUUUUUCAAGAAGACCAAAAGAAAGGUGGUCCCACCAUCUCCAAUGACUGAUCCCAGCAUGUUGACGGACAUGAUGAAAGGCAAUGUGACAAACGUCUUGCCUAUGAUCCUUAUUGGUGGUUGGAUCAACUGGACCUUCUCUGGGUUUGUCACAACAAAGGUACCGUUUCCCCUCACACUCCGCUUCAAGCCGAUGCUGCAGCAGGGAAUUGAGUUGCUCUCUCUAGAUGCCUCCUGGGUGAGUUCAGCAUCUUGGUAUUUCCUGAAUGUCUUUGGUCUCAGGAGCAUGUAUUCUCUGAUUCUUGGACAAGACAAUGGUAAAUAACUUUAUUGAUGUUCCAUUUCAAUACACCAUAAUUUUGAC